AUAGCAAGUUUAACGUAAUUAUUAUUUGUAAUUUACCAUUGCGGGUCAAUAGGAAUUUAUCUCCACUCACUUUGAAACCCAUACCAGUACAGAUCAAUAUACGACAUAAUAAGUCUUAAAUAGCUCAAAAGUUGAACUGUACGUACUUUAAUAAUUUUUUAUUAAUAAACUGGUUGGAAUUCACAAUGUUGGUGGAGAUUAUAAAUUUCUUUCUUUCCCCACUUUAUUUUCUUUUCGAGCCUUACAUUACCCGUUUCACAAAUGCACUGACUUCUCAAAAAACUCAGCGGACUGCUGUAAAAACAAUUUUUAUAAGCGCUGUUGCCUUUAUAUUAAUUUCAGUCGCAUUUGUGUCAUAUUUGGGCUUUUAUAUGAUAUAUGUUCCAAAAAUUGCUCAUGCGAAACCUGUAUAUUUACAAUAUCAUAAAGAUGAUUCUCCUUAUGCGAUUAUUGAUUUUACUGAAAAUGGCCGAUACGACAGCUUUUUAACAGCAGAUCAAGCAUAUGAUAUUUUAAUUGAUCUAGAUGUUCCUAGUUCGGAUAGAAAUGUUGCAUUAGGAAAUUUUAUGGUCGGUUUGGAAUUAAUGGCCAAGAAUGAGACGGUGCAAUAUUCGAGUCGCCCUUGCAUUCUUACAUAUCAAUCGGGUCUAUUUCGCGUCAUUUAUACUUUUUGGCGGUUGAUCCCUUUAGUUCUAGGUUUCACAAAAGAAGAUCAACAACUCAAAGUAGUUAUGUUUGAGAACAUGAUUGAGAGUGCCGAAAAGCCAAUAACUAAAGCAUUAAUUACUAUAUCAAAUAGUAACCUUGAUGUAUAUAAUGCUCAAAUUCGGUUGGAUGCUCACUUCCGUGGCUUACGGUACUUCAUGUAUUAUCAUUCAAUUCCUACCGCUAUUACUUUCAUGUCUAUGUUCCUUACCUGGGAAAUAUUAUUCUCAAUCAUUGCAUGGAGAUCAUUUGUUUCAUGGUGGCAAAGGAAAGUUCUUGCAGAUUCAUUAACAAGUCCAAUUACACCAAUUAUGAAAGUUACCGACAAUAUUACUGAGAACAAUUAUCAAGAUGACGAAUCGGAUAGAACAACUAGUCGACGUAGUGAAAGAGUAGAAAGAAUUUCGGAUGAUAAUGGAACAGUAACUGAAUCGGAGAGUGAAUAUGAAUCGUCGCGUCCUGUUUCGGUAAUUUCUCCAACAGACACGGCACUAGUCUCUGAGUCCGGAGAGAUGAGUUAUAAUACAGAAUCAUAUGUCACAGAUGAUGACGAGUCCAAUAGCGUUAUUUCACGAUCUUUGGAUGAUGAUGAUGCUGCUAGCGAAUCUAAUGAUGGUCAAAUUGAUGAUGAUGAUCAAACGGAAGGAAGUGCUACACCAACUACUCGAAGUCGAAAGAGUACAAUAUCCGAAGCCUCAACAACAAAUAAGUCAGAAGCUGAAGGUGCGCCUAGUACUAGUAGUGCUACUUUAACUUCUAGAUUACAAAGUGAUUAUACGAAACCAUACGUUAAAAAGGCCAGCUCGAGCGGUGGUAAUAAUGGAAGUGAUAGGGAAUAAUUAUAUUGCUAGUUGGUAAAAAGUAUAAAGGGAAUGACGUAUUCUUUUUACCUCUAUAUAAAUUUUCUUACCUUUGCAUUUUUAUGAUUUCAUUACAAUUUUAAUUAUUUGCUUAAUAACAUAUAAACAUAUGGAUACUAGGAUCGCAAAGAAACUUAUAAAAUUGGAAUAUUAAGAAAAUUGUUGUAAAAUUGUUAUUAUAUUUUCUUAU